UUGGAAAAUAGAAAUGAAAUUAUUGAAUAAUAGAUAUUGCGACGAAUUAUUAAAAUCUUACAUUUGAAUCGUAAAUCGUAAGUGUAAUGACAGAGAAGUGUUCGGAAUGGAUUUACCUUAUCUGUUUAUCUCGCUUGUGCUCAGUUUUGCAAGAGGUGGUGAGGCUGUCUGCGGUAUUCUGACAUAUCUUAAGCCUACACUUCAAUGGAGAAAUGUGACUUUUGUGUUCAAACCGGACAAUUACCAAAGCGAAUUAACUCCCAUUUUGAAAAACGACGACGGAAAACCACUUUUAGAUAUAAAUGCAUACAGGACUGAACUAAACAAUAAGGUGGUGUAUCAUAUCGUUUUUAACACAUCAGCGGACACUACGGACUAUGACAAAAAAUACUUUUUCGUCAGUUAUGGUGAAUGCCACUCCAAUUGGACACGCCUUAAUUUAGAAGCCCUUUCUGAUUGCGGAUAUUUGUAUAUUCGGACCAAGGUGAUUACCGCAGGAGGUACUGUCGAGUUGGGCUACUUUCCCACUUCAUCCGUAUUAAACACAGAGGACAGUUAUGUUCGCCAAUGGUAUAACGCAACCUCCUCCUCGGAUAUGCACUUAUCAGAUGGUUAUUUGUCUGAGAGAGAGGAUCCUAACUGGGAGUUUGUACUGACAAUACCAAACGUAAACCGAUGGAUGUCUGGAAACUACAGCGUGAGGUGCACAGAGGGCCGGACUGACAUAAAGAAGUACCCUGAUGGGAACAAGUUUACACAACCCGUUGAAAUAGCCGUCAUUGAUCCACCUUCAGAGAUAUUUCUAGAGGAACCAGUUUUACCUUCCAAACUUCAAGACAUCUACCAUCUCGUCUUUACCUGUGAGAUAAAAGAUUUUAACGACGACUGUAGCUUACAAUGGACCUCAGAUAAACCUUCGCUCCUAAGGGAUAGCAAUCCUACAAAGAGAACGAAUGUUAAAUCCAUCAUGUCCAUACUUAACGUAUCUGUUACCAAGGAAGACUUUGGCAAGGUGCUUGUCUGCAGUGCUGUUUGUUCCAGCUUUCAACGUAACAUCUCGAAAUCACAUACUCUAAUGGUGCCUUAUUUGCCAGUGUUGUCACUUUCAGUUGGAGAGGAACUAUUUUUGCUUAAAGAUGAAUCAGAGACUGUAACCUGCAGUGCUAAAAGUUAUCCUCUUGCAGACAUUGUAUGGUCAAGCGAGUUCUCAAAACCCCUUCGUACGUGUCGGAAUAAUGCCACUUGUACUCUUUCUAUUGAACAUAUUUCUGUAGAUGAGCGAAGAAAAUAUACUUGCCAGGCCUCAACAAAGUUCGGAAAUGCCAGUUCCUCUUUCGUCGCAAUCGGUAUAGGUAAACAUGAGAAACAGGGAAUAAAAGAAACAGAAAGUGCAUCUCCGUUACCAUGGAUUGCUGCGGCAGUCGGAUGUCUCAUACUUAUUAUCGUAAUUGCCGGGUCGGUGAUCGUCGUCAGGAAAAGGAGUCAACAAAAAAGAACAUUAAACAGACAAAAUGAACAGUUAGAGAAUAUUCAAAAUGGUAAGUAAAAAAACAUUACAUUUUCUCUGUGUAGUACAUAAACAUAUAUUUUACCAAUCGCUUUCAAAUUCAAUGGUAUUAAAUAAUGUAAUACUCCGCUAAAUAAGCUAAGUACCACAUGAAGAAAGUAAUAUAUCUCAAUACGUGUAAAAGGUUAUUUAUUACAUUCAAGUUAAUUUAGUGUGUGUGUGUGUGUGUGUGUGUGUGUGUGUGUGUGUGUGCGCGCGUGUGCGUGCGCGUGCGUGUGCGUGUGUGUGUGUGUGUAUGUGUGUGUGUUAAUAUUACUCCUUCGAGUAGCAUAACGUCCAUUUUACACAACUCUAAAGCUAAUAUAUGGGCCUAUAUGUUACUCGAGGAAAAGGCGCAACAUUCUCAAAACGAGCAAUUGAACCAGCCAGUUUGUGCAAAUUACUGCACGGUAUGAUCAUUUAAUGAGUUUGUGCUAUUCCUAACACAUAACCGGACAUGUUACAGUAAAGCAAUCAUGGAACUUGAGCUUGAAUGGCCGUUACAAGAAUACCAUACUCAAGGGCAAGCAAACUGCAAACCUUUUAAAAAUCUAUGUUUUUAUUAAGCAAAAAUACAAAGUACUUUAUAUUAAUCCAUUGUUUUGAAUUUGCCUUUAAAAAUGGGAUGAACUUGCAUUUGUCCUACAAACUGCAAUGUCACGAAAUUACGAGUUUUAAUUAAUCACGAAAGAAUACUAUAUCUGCAUCGAAAAACUGUCCAUAAAUGUAGUUUAUACACUCUGUCACAUCUUGCAAUAUUCUUCAAACAAUAGCCAUCUUCUGCCGUCUUCUCAUUCAAAGCCAAUUCUGAUACCUCCUUUGUACUCAUUCUCUUUCUAAAUGUUAACAUAAACUCCAUUUGUAAAAAUUGUACUGAAAUGUAUUUGAUUGCCUUCGGCACUAUAUAUGAUAUGUCAUAUCAUUUUGAAAAUUAAAUAUAAUUUAGGCUCAGGUUUGUGGCCAGCUCCGUAUCCGUAGCCAUUCCACAAACGAGACCAAAAUGUAAUUCCUAAACGUGGCAGCAGGGAGUGUAGAGACAGUAUACAAUCCCCUUUUUUCCUAAUAAACUAUAACAUCAUUAGCAAAUACUAUUUUUUAAUAUUUAAGGGUCCGUACAUUUUUUUUCUUAUUUACGACGGCUUUGUGUAAUCUUGUUUACAUGUUGACGUAUAUGAAUGGUUGUGCCUUCACAUUUAGGCACAUUUUGGAGUAUAUUUUAGGAAUUUGCCUCGGUUGGGAAUGCAUUAACACGUUUGGGGUAUUGGGCACGG